AUGUAUUUUGCUACAUUAAUCCAUGAUGCACUUUAUAAAGAACUUAUCGAUAUGUUAACUGCUCAACGUUUACUUAUUUUCCGUUCAGAAAUUGAUUUACAAACAGUAUGUGAUUUAUAUGAAGCAGAAUAUGGAAUCUAUUUGUCAGAUGAUGUAAAACAGAAGUACUUCAAUAAACAAGAUAAUGCUUGGACAAAUCUUUUAAAAAUGCAAAAAUCAGUUGUUGUCUAUUAA